CAGUAGGGCGGGAUAGAGGCCGGCGCGGGGACCCGCCAGGAGGCUCUCAGGGGACCAGAGCGUGAAAGGACCUCAACGUCUGAAUCCAGUUCCGGCCCUAUCCCCACGACCAGGAACGUUGUGAGUUCCCAAAGGAAGAGACGAUCAUCAGCGCCAGGUGCCACGCACACAGUAUCUGAAAGAGAAGAAGAGAGGGAACCAGGGAUCGCGCGUGGGUCCGGAGUCUCCGCCGUUUCCCAGAGAUCAGACCUUGAAGUGCUGCUCCUGUACCAACCCCUAGGGGCGCACUUCUUGAGUCUACACACAACCAAUUCAGCUCAAGUGGGGAUUUGUGAAGGAGAAAGUUUGCCAAGAAAUUAAGACAAGGAAGGAGAACUUCUUAAGGCUACAACAGUCACAAGAUUUGACGAUACUGAAACUUUAUUUCUCUUAACUGGAGUCUGGCACCAGCACCCCUGCACACCCCCUACCAAAAUGGCUGCUCUUGGACACACCCUGCCCUUCUACACUGGCCCCAAGCCAAGCUUUCCAAUGGACACUACUUUGGCUAUUAUUAUCACCAUCUUCCUGACUGCACUGGUCACCUUCAUCAUCAUCCUGCCUGGCAUCCGUGGGAAGACGAGACUGUUCUGGCUGCUCCGGGUGGUGACCAGCUUAUUCAUCGGGGCUGUGAUCCUGGCUGUGAAUUUCAGUUCUGAGUGGUCUGUGGGCCAAGUCAACACCAACACAACAUACAAAGCCUUCAGUCCCAAGUGGGUCCGCGUGGACGUGGGACUGCAGAUUGGGCUUGGAGGCGUCAACAUCACACUCACAGGGACCCCAGUGGAACAGCUGAAUGAAACCAUCCGCUACAACGAGGCCUUCAUGUGGCGCCUGGGCGAGAGCUAUGCCGAAGAGUAUGCAAAGGCACUGGAGAAAGGCCUUCCAGACCCGGUGCUGUACCUGGCUGAGAAGUUCGCCCCACGAAGCCCAUGUGGCCUGUACAACCAGUACCGUCUGGCAGGACAUUAUGCGUCAGCCAUGCUGUGGGCGGCGUUCCUCUGCUGGCUUCUGGCCAACGUGCUGCUGUCUAUGCCGGUCCUGGUUUACGGUGGCCACAUGCUGCUGGCUGCUGGCCUUUUCCAGCUCUUGGCGCUGCUCUUCUUCUCUCUGACAACAUCACUCAUCUCACCAUGUCCCCUGCGCUUGGGCACUGCCGUGCUGUACACUGACCACGGGCCUGCUUUCUGGAUCACGUUGGCCACAGGAAUGCUGUGUAUUCUGCUUGGCCUGGUCAUGGCAGUGGCCCACAAGAUGCAACCUCACAGACUGAAGGCUUUCUUCAACCAGAGUUCAGAGGACCCAAUGCUGGAGUGGGGUUCUGAGGAAGGGGGUCUCUUGAGCCCCCGCUACCGGUCCAUGGCCGAGAGUCUGGAGACCCAGGACAUACCCAUGUCAGAGGCAUCCUCCGAGGCAUGUGUUAAGGGAAAACACUUCGAGUCUGACUGUGCCCUGUAAUGCUCCUCUACCGGCAGCCACCUGAAUUUCCAGAGUGACUCCAGACCUCAUUGGAGCACCCUUAAGACCACCAGAACUGCCCAGGAAGUGGGUUAGGGUUGCAUCAGAUACCCAGUUCCUAUUGGUAGAUGCGAUAGAAUAAAGAGACACAACCUUCUAAUGCCAGAAAUAAAUGAGCAAAAGUCCCAAGGC